UCAUCCCAUUGAUCUCAAUUACAUUCGUACCAACACGACAAAUCGAAAACCCCUUCUCUGGCAUGUCAAUAAUUUGCCAUUUCAAAACAAUAUAAAAAUUAGGAUGGCAUCUGCAAGUAGUACAAGUGCAAGAUCGUUAUUUGCGGACUCCAAAAUGCGCCUAGCUGACCGCGUACAAGUCAAUGUAAACAACAUUUCGUCCCUCGCCCGUCAAAUCACCCGAGGAUCGAAAAGCAGCGAGAUUUUAAUGCACUCAGCUCGCAACUUCGCGGUACAAGAACAUUUGAUGGAAAACAGCGAAAGCAAUUUGAAAAAAAUGCAACUCAUCUGUGUCCACCUCGGCUACCAGCACGACUCCAUGCUCAAAUCAGCGCAGCAAAUCGAAGAGGUGAAGGAACAAGUGUGUGCCAUGCAGCGAUAAAAUUGAUCAGUUUGUUUAAUAAUCACUAAUUUAUCACGUGCGGUGAUAAUAAAUUUGGGAUUGCGUAGUUGGCAACCCCUGCAGACUUAACCUUA